AUGUCAGGCCAGGAUUACUACGGUCAGGGCCAAGGCCACGAUCAAGGCUACGGCUACAGCCACGGCGGCGCAUACCAGCAGCCCCAACAGCCGCAGCAUGGCUACGGAGAGCACAACCAGGGCUAUCCUCCUCAACCUCAGGCGUAUGGACAGCAGCCGCACGACCAGUACGGUCAGGGACAUCACAGCCCCUACCCGCAAGGACAGAGCUCCUACCCCCCGCCGUCGCACGACCCUUACGGACAACCUCCCCAGCACGGCUAUGGUGCCCCGCCCCAGGGCCAGUACCAACAGAGCUACGACCCGAACCGCAGCACUUCUCCCUACCCCCCUCAGGGCCACCAGCAGCAGGGCUACCACGACCCGAACCAGCAGUACGGAGCGCAUCCACAACAGGGCCAUCAUGACCCGCAGCAAGGCUAUGGUGCGCCGGCAUAUGGUCAACCCGGUGCUCCCGGCGGCCCUGGCGGCCCUGGCGAAGGCGACCGCGGCCUGGGUUCAGCUCUGAUGGGAGGUGCAGGCGGCGCGUUCGUGGGCAACAAGCUCGGAGGCGGCGCGCUGGGCACGCUUGGAGGAGCGCUUUUGGGGGCGGUUGGCGCCAACCUCAUUCCUGACAAGUAA